UCAUGUCUUAUAAAAAGCCAUCGAACGGUGUGGAAACUGUAUCAGAACAAUUUCAACAUUCAGACAGCAGUCAACGCAACGUUUGCAACUCAAAAAUCCAACAAUCAUGAAGUGCAUCGCAGCUGUAGUCAUGAUGGCCGUCGCCGUUGCCGUCCAGGGAUCGUCCGUUACUUACUGGGGCAAUGGAGCAGCCCUGCAGCAUUUGGCGCCAGUGUCGGUCGGAAGCUGGGUACAGGAUAAUUCUUACGCUAGAAUUGUAUCUCCAUGGAACUACGCUUACCAGACCCCAAUCGCCCCCGUUGCUGCUGCUCCACUUGCCUAUGUCGAACCAUACGCUUAUCAGCCGGCCGUUGCCGUUGUUGCGCAGAAGGAAGCUCGUUAUCUGGCCGCCAACCGUGGUGCUGUCCAUGAGGCUCCCCUACCCGGACACACCGUCAACCAGCAGUCCCUGAAUCUGGAACCGGCACCAGGAACACUGUAAAUUAGGCAAUCGGCAACAGGAUAAACUGUUGGAUGCUGCAAAUAAAAGCACGUUGUGAUAUUGUACAGUA